GCUCGAGGCACGUGACAGCCGUCUGCCCUGUGAUUGGUCGUUGAUGUGGCUGCUCGUUUACCAAGAUGGCGCCGACCCUGGUGGAGCAUGUUGUCGCUGACGCCGGUGCGUUUCUGAAGAGAGCACCUCUACAGGAGAUCGGAGCGAACAUCUACACGCUGCGGGAUGUGGUGGACGAGAUCCGGGACAAAGAGACCCGGAGGAGCCUGGCUGUGCUGCCGUACCAGCUGCACUUCAGGGAGCCGCAUCCGGAGCACGUCAGACACGUGACCGAGUUCUCCAAGAAGACCGGCGACUACCCGAGUCUGUCCGCCACCGACAUCCGCGUUCUGGCUCUGACCUACCAGCUGCAGCUGGAGCACGAGGGGGCGGAGCACCUGAGGGAGGAGCCGCUGCUGCAGGUGAACAUCCAGAGCACGCCGCGCCACCCCGAGACUCCGGUCAACGUCCCCGGCUUCCACUUUCCCUCCAAGAAGGCGACAGAAGCUUCAAACACACAGACUCACGACCACAAAGACGGCGAGAGCUUCAACAGCUUCCAGUUCUGGAGGGAACCCGUGGCGCCGCUCGACAACGACCUGCUGGCGUCACUGGGUCCGGAGGAGGAGUCACAUGACGGACGGAGCGAGGCGGCGGACGGAGAGCACUUCAACAGCUUUCAGUUCUGGAGGGAGCCGACGCCCAUCAUCAGCGACGAGCUGCUGGCCCUACUGGAUGAAGGCGGAGCCUCUCGGUCAGACCCUUCAGCUGAAGACCGGUCGGAUGACGAGGAUAAAGAGAACGAACCAGAGGAGGAGGAGCCUGACGGCGGGGGCUGGAUCACUCCCAGUAACAUCAGACAAGUCAAGAUGGAGUCUGCUGAUUGGACGGCUCCUGCUGAUGUCACAGUUGGAUGUUUGACCACCGACUUCGCCAUGCAGAACGUUCUGAUCCAGAUGGGCCUCCACGUCCUCUCCGUCGGCGGGAUGGUGAUCAGACAGGCGAGGAACUACAUCCUGAGGUGUCACGCCUGCUUCAGGACGACCAGCAGCAUGGCGAAGGUGUUCUGUCCGCACUGCGGGAACAGAACCAUGAAGAAGGUGGCGGUGACGCUGAACGAUGACGGAACCACCAAGAUGCAUUUCUCCAGAAACCCCAAAGUUCUGAACUCCAGAGGACUGCGGCACUCUCUGCCGCUGCCUCAGGGGGGGAAACACGGAGACAACCCCCACCUGGUGGAGGACCAGCGCUUCCCCCAGCAGCGCCUCUCCAGGAAGGCCCGGCAGAAGACCGACGUCUUCGACCCGGACUACGUGGCGGGAUCCUCCCCCUUUAGCCAGAACGACGUCUACAGCCGCGCUGCCAACCUGCAGAUCAGAGACGGUCAGUGCGGUGGCGGCAGGAGGCGGGCCAACCCCAACGCCGCCCGCAAAAAGUUUGUCAAGAAGAAGUGAUGGAGGUUCAGUCCGUUUGAGCAGAACCAGAACUUUCCGCAGUCCAGCGGGUUGUGUGUAACGUCGUGUCCUAAUAAACUUCAGACAUUA